CGCCCCUCGGCCCAGCGAGAGGCCGAGCUUGCUGCAUUGCAGCCGCCGCGGCGCCGCUCGGCUCCUGACUUCCAACAAUGGCGGCUCCGAGCCCGAGCGGCGGCGGCGGCGGCUCCGGGGGCGGCAGCGGCAGCGGCACCCCGGGCCCCGUCGGCUCUCCGGCGCCGGGCCACCCGGCCGUCAGCAGCAUGCAGGGCUUUCAGAUAAACUUCUGUGAAAUGGCACAAAGUAAACGCAAAGCACUGAAGUUGAAUUUUGCAAAUCCACCUUUCAAAUCUACGGCGAGGUUUACUCUGAAUCCCAAUCCGACAGGAGUUCAGAACCCACACAUAGAGAGACUGAGAACACACAGCAUUGAGUCAUCAGGAAAACUGAAGAUCUCCCCUGAACAACACUGGGAUUUCACUGCCGAGGACUUGAAAGACCUUGGAGAGAUUGGACGAGGAGCUUAUGGUUCUGUCAACAAAAUGGUCCACAAACCAAGUGGGCAGAUAAUGGCAGUUAAAAGAAUUCGGUCAACAGUGGAUGAAAAAGAACAAAAGCAACUUCUUAUGGAUUUGGAUGUAGUAAUGCGGAGUAGUGACUGCCCAUACAUUGUUCAGUUUUAUGGUGCACUCUUCAGAGAGGGUGACUGUUGGAUCUGCAUGGAACUCAUGUCUACCUCGUUUGAUAAGUUUUACAAAUAUGUAUAUAGUGUAUUAGAUGAUGUUAUUCCAGAAGAAAUUUUAGGCAAAAUCACUUUAGCAACUGUGAAAGCACUAAACCACUUAAAAGAAAACUUGAAAAUCAUUCACAGAGAUAUCAAACCUUCCAAUAUUCUUCUGGAUAGAAGUGGAAACAUCAAGCUCUGUGACUUUGGCAUCAGCGGACAGCUUGUGGACUCCAUUGCCAAGACGAGAGAUGCUGGCUGUAGGCCUUACAUGGCACCUGAAAGAAUAGACCCGAGCGCGUCGCGACAAGGAUAUGAUGUCCGCUCUGACGUCUGGAGUUUGGGGAUCACGUUGUACGAGUUGGCCACAGGCCGGUUUCCUUAUCCGAAGUGGAAUAGUGUGUUUGAUCAGCUGACACAAGUCGUGAAAGGAGAUCCGCCACAGCUGAGUAAUUCUGAGGAAAGGGAAUUCUCCCCGAGUUUCAUCAACUUUGUCAACUUGUGCCUUACGAAGGAUGAAUCCAAAAGGCCAAAGUAUAAGGAACUUCUGAAACAUCCCUUUAUUUUGAUGUAUGAGGAACGUACCGUUGAGGUCGCAUGCUACGUUUGUAAAAUCCUGGAUCAAAUGCCAGCUACUCCCAGCUCUCCCAUGUAUGUCGACUGAUAUCGCUGCUACAUCAGACUCUAGAGUAAAAGGGCUGAGAGGAAGCAAGACGUAAAAGAGUUUUCAUCCCGUAUCACAGUGUUUUUAUUGCUCGCCUAGACACCAUGUGCAAUAAGAUUGGUGUUCAUUUCCAUCAUGUCGUGUACUCUGUCACCUAGAACGUGCGUCCCUGUAAUACCUGAUUGGUCACACAGUGUUAGUGCUGGUCAGAGAGACCUCAUCCUGCUCUUCCGUGAUGAACAGAACUCAUGAAAUGUGGAAGUCCGUACGAUCAAGUCGCUGGCCGUGAUUAGAUCACACCUUU